CUGAUCGUCGGACUGGAUAUCGGUACCAGCAAGGUGUGCGCGAUCAUCGCGCAGAUCGGGCACGAAGGCCGCCUGGAGAUCAUCGGCGUCGGCACCACUCCGUCACGUGGGCUGCGCCGCGGCGUGGUCAUCAACAUCGACGCCACGGUCCGGUCGCUUCUGAACGCUGUCGAGGCCGCCGAGAUGAUGUCCGGCCGCGAAGUUACCGGAGCCUUCGCCGGCAUAGCCGGCGGCCACAUCGAGGGGAUCAACUCGCGGGGCGUGGUGGCGGUCACCGGGAGGGACCGUGAGAUCACGCGUGAGGACGUGGAGCGCGUGAUCGAUGCCGCCAAGGCGAUCGUCAUACCGAUGGACCGCGAGGUCGUCCACGUCAUCCCGCAGGAGUUCACCGUCGAUCAGCAGGACGGCGUCCGGGACCCGGUGGGGAUGAUGGGCGUGCGGCUGGAGAAGGCGGAGGUGCAUAUCAUCACCGGUGCGGUGUCGUCGGCGCAGAACAUCAUUCGCUGCAUCAAUCGCGCCGGCUUCAAGGCUGACGACAUUGUCCUGGAGCCGCUGGCGGCCGCGGCGGCGGUGCUGAGCAAGGACGAGCAGGAGCUGGGCGUGUUGCUGGUCGAUAUCGGCGGCGGCACCACCGACAUCCUGGUCUAUCUGGACGGGGCGCCCUACCAAACCGGCGUGCUGGCUCUCGGCGGGGACCAGGUCACGAGCGACAUCUCCAUCAUGCUGAAGACGCCCCUGGAGGUUGCCGAGCGUCUGAAGCACGAGGCGGGGAGCUGUCAUCCGGACGAUCUGGAUGACCGGGAGAUCGAAGCCAGCAUUCAGAGUAGGCGGGCGCCCGGCGCGGCCCAUCAAGCGGAGCCGCCUCACGGAAAUCAUCCGCCCGCGGAUGACGAGGUGUUCGCAUGGUGA